AUGAUUUAUAGCCUACAGAACCUUUGGCAAGAGGUUCGCGACCUAACCCUAGGCCCCCCGCCCCGAGUCGACCGCCUCCCGUCGCCGCCUUCCCCCCUCCAGUUUCUCCGACAUUACGUCGGUCCCAACAAGCCCUGCCUCAUCUCCGCCGCCGUCCCCGACUGGCCGGCCCUCUCCCUGUGGCCCUCCCCCUCCUACCUCCGCGAAACUCUAGCCUCAACCGCCGUCUCCCUCCAUCUCACCCCCACCGGAAAAGCCGACGCCCUCGCCCCCGGCUCCCCCAACUCCUCCCCCUGCUUCGCCGCCGCCCACGUCGAGAAGCUCCCUUUCCCGGAAGCUCUGGAUCUGGUGAAGGCAUCGGAUUUGGGGGAAAUCAAGAGAGUGGCUUACCUCCAGCAGCAGAACGACUGCUUUCGGGCCGAGUACGGGCCGCUGGCGGCGGACUGCGAGGGGCACGUGCCGUGGGCCAGCGAGGCCCUCGGGUGCCUGCCGGAGGCCGUGAAUUUCUGGGUGGGGAACAGAUUUUCAGAGACUUCUUUCCAUAAAGAUCACUAUGAGAACCUUUAUGUUGUGAUCAGUGGGGAAAAGAGGUUUCUUUUGCUACCUCCGACCGAUGUUCAUAGAAUGUAUGUUCGAGAAUAUCCUGCGGCUCAGUAUAUAUAUCACCGGGACAGUGAGGAGUUUGAAUUGAAGCUUGAAGAACCAGUUAGAAAAGUCCCUUGGUGCAGUGUGGAUCCAUACCCUUCGCCUAACAAUAAAUCGAGUGAAAUAGAUAAAUUUCCUCUGUAUUUCAACGGACCAAAGCCUUUUGAAGUCACUGUCAAGGCCGGCGAAAUGCUUUAUCUGCCCAGCAUGUGGUUUCACCAUGUUCGACAAAGCACGGACGAUAGCACACUCACUAUUGCUAUAAACUACUGGUAUGAUAUGCAGUUUGAUAUUAAGUACGCGUAUUUCAACUUCCUUCAGUCGAUCCCUUGUUCGUUAUUCGAGAAUCGAGUGAUGUGUGAAACGGCAUCAAGCUCUGAGAAAUGUUCGUUCGAUGAUGAAGAUUAG